UUUCCCGCUUUAUUGUUCCCUUCUAUCGGUUUCAUUUCAAUGAGGACGCCACAAUUCUCAAACCCUAACUCCAUUACUCCAACUCCCCUUAGCUAUAGCUCAGCCUAAAUUGUUCGAAGAUUAUUAGUAUUGAUCCUGACUACAUACAUUACAUGGAGGCAAUGGCAGGCCACGCAAUUGAAAUGCUAACAACAUCCGAUCGCGAUGACGAGGAGCGGGAUGGAGAUGACGUGGCCGGAAUUACCAUUACGACGCCGGCUCACUUGAUCAACGACAAUCAUGGGAACGAAUUUGUGAUUGUUGACGAUACGCCCUCUGAGGAUGGCGGUGAUGAUGCUGCCGAGCCUGAACGUGAAUGCAGCAGUCCGGAGAAGGGCGUCAGUUGCAAUAAAGGGGUUUCGACGGCGUUGGUAAAGGGUGAUGGUGAUGGUGAUGAUGAUGGAUUGUUGGGAGAGUUCAAUAGGGGCGAAAUUGAUGGCCUCUUUUGCCCCAUUUGCCUUGAGGCUUGGACCUCUGGUGGAGACCACCAUGCCUGUUGUUUGCCAUGUGGGCACAUAUAUGGGUUAUCGUGCAUCAAGAAAUGGUUGUGUCGUCAAGGCUCGCACAAGUGUCCGCAUUGUAAAAAGAAAUGCAGGAUAAAGGACAUUAGGCUUCUUUAUGCAACUCGGCUUGUUGCUAUUGAUGGACAUCUUCAAAAGAGAGCACAAUCAUUUGAAGCUAAAUGUUCGUCCCUUGAGAAAAAGAGUGCUGACUGGGGCAAAAAGGAAAUAGAAUGGAAGAAGAGAGAAGCUGAUCUGCGCAAGGAAGUGCAAUAUCUCAAAGAGAGGACUUCUGACUUAGAGGAUCUUUUGGAAGAUAUGGAACGCAGGGCAUCUGGGUCAUCUGCAUCAAAUUCGAAUUAUCCAAGAGGAGUUGAUUCCAUCCCUAGUUUCCACAGUGGAGGAUCUCAUAAAUUUGAAAUGCAGAUGGACAUUCAGAUACAAGGUGCCCGCCUCUUUGGUGUAGAUUCUUCCAAUAAAAUUUUAGUAUUUGCUCGAAGGCUUUCAGGAAUGGGGGGAGGCAAUGUGCUGACCAAAGUGAGCUUGAUUUUUGACCACGAAAGGGAGGACAUUCAUCUUGCUGAGAACACCAAAGCUGUUAAGGAUCUAAAGGUUUCCCCUCAUGGUGGACUUGUGCUGUUAGCAUCCCUAGGAAAGAAACUAUCAGUUCUUAGCACACAAAGCAACAACACUGUUAUUACGUAUGAUCUACCGGCUUCUGCCUGGUCAUGCUCUUGGGAUAUUUGCAACUCACAUUAUUUUUACGCAGGCUUGCAGAAUGGCACAGUUUUACAGUUUGACAUGCGUCAGACUGCGAAACAUGUGGGAUCCUUAACUGGAUUGUCAGACAAGUUAGUUCAUACAAUACAUUCUCUUCAGUCCGAUUCAUCUUGCGGUUCUGGUGGCAGAAGUAUCCUAACUGCAUCCGCACUUGGCUUAUGCCAAUUGAACUUUGGUGGGAGUGAAGAAGGAUCUUAUCUGAUUCCUGAAUCAGAUAAGCAAGGAGUUUGUGUAUCUCUUGCUGGUUCCAACUACAGUGAUUAUAUCACGGCCUCAUUUCGUCCAAAAAUCGAGGUACCUUGGGAGAUGGGAGUUUCUCAACCGGUGCUUAAUGCAGCGGGGCAAGCAACAAUGGGAAAUCAUAUCGUGUACACAAAAAUGGGUGCAGCAUACCAAAAGGUGGGAGCAAGCUAUGGCAAUGUGAGUGAUAUCAGAAUGCCGAUUAGAUGUGCAAUUGUGGACAGGGUUUACCAGAAUCCUGUUUUUGCUUGUGUGGAUGAACUGAGGUCUGAAGUUGUAAUUCAAGAGUUACCAUCUCUAAUGGUUUUGGAGCGUCUUAAACCACAAGAUACCCCUAUUUAUGAUGUCAAGUAUAGCAGCAUAUCAAGUUCCGGACUAAUUGGCUGCUUGAGUGACAACUCCUUUCGCCUAUAUUCUGCCCGCCUCCUCAUCAACCCUUAGAUUUUUUGUGAUCUUAUUUUUAUUUUAAAUACUAAGGUUCUGUAAAUGUAUGAGGAUUUAUGAUGUUAGCCUUAUUACUCAAGUAUUCAGUCACUUAGGAAAGUUGACAAACUGAACCAAUGUUAAAGAUUUUACUAUGAUUUAUGAUAA